GGAACUCAGCGCCUGUAGCCUGUGCUGCUGAAUGCACACUGCUGACAGCGGCUCCACAGUGACUGCAGACUGUUAGAGGAGAAACGCGUCGAAAUCGAUCAUGCGGGAGAUCAGGACUUUGCCUUCUCAACUGUCUGAGGCAUGAGCCAUUGCACCAUCCCUGAGCGUCGGCAGAAGCCUGAGAGGGACGCGAGGGUGUGCACUGUGUUCUAAGAACGAGCAAGUAGAAGCUAUAACCAGACGUCGGAAAACAACGAGCGACAACGUGAAAUAUGUCUUACUAUAACAGAGAACUGGUGGUAUUUUUUAUCAAACACAAACUCUCGCAGAGGAACUACCCCUGCAACCACAUUGGACUCACAGAAGACACAAAUCGGACUGAAGGGGGGCAGGCGGCUGAAGAAAACGGGGAUGGGGCGUCAGGAACGACGAACCUGGUUAAUGGCUCCCUGAAUGGAACGAGUGCUAGUUCCACUGGGACCCCACCGAGAUCCCCCACAGCAUCCCCCCAACAUCAGACAAACGGAACUGGGAGUCUGAACGCUGUGAAGGAGGCGCUCCGGGAUUCUGCCAACGAGUUCGAACUGCGUUAUUCCAGAGCAUUCAGUGAUCUCUCCACGCAGCUUCACAUCACGCCCGCCACGGCUUACCAGAGCUUCGAGAGCGUGAUGGAUGAGGUGUUCCGCGACGGAGUGAACUGGGGCCGCAUCGUGGGUCUUUUUGCCUUCGGAGGGGCUCUGUGUGUCGAGUGCGUGGAGAAGGAAAUGAGCCCGUUAGUGGGACGCAUCGCAGAAUGGAUGAUCGUCUACAUAGACAACCACAUUCAGCCCUGGAUCCAGAGUCAAGGAGGAUGGGCUCCUCCAGCAUCCACCUUUCCAGCAAGAGAAAGAGAGAGGAAAGGAGUGGGGGGUGGUGGCUGGGGGAAGGUGAGAUUUGAAGGACUACUGCUCUUAUGUCACAGACAUGGGGAGAGAUGAAGGGGGACUUACCUUCAAGAAAGCUUGGCCUGAUCCAUUCUGCCAGAUAACGGGAGGAAAUGGAGCAUUCCGUGAGAGGGUUGGAGCGGUGGGGGAGUAAAGAGCAGAGCACUACUUAGGGCACUACAAUAUGAUAAUGCUUUAAGUUGAACCAAUUUGAAGUAAUUUAUAUGUAUUUUGAAACUGGAGCUCAUAUGGAAGAGCAUGAUGUUAGCAGCACAUAGGUUGUGGAUACGGUACAAAUGUAUGAUUUGAAUGCACUGUUAGUCGCUUUAGAGAAAUAAACGUAAAUAAUGUAAGCAUGAUAACUACAUUGUGUAACCACGAACAUACAUGUUUUACAUUCUGAUCAUUGAUUAUCUUCCACACGUUUGAGCAUGCCCUGAUAGCACACAUACAUCUGGGAGACGUCUACUUGAUGUCUGCAAGACAUAUUUUUUUGGAUUGUUUGCUCAUACGUUUCUGAUAUGUCUUCUGUCAGAUGUCGUAUAGAAAUCUAGAAGAUAUCUGUAAGAUGUUUAUGAUUUAGAAUGCAUGUAAAACUACCUUUUCUGAGCUGUUUAUCAGAUGUUUUUACACAGCAGAUGUUUUCCAGAUCUACAGAUCUUUAGCAGACAUCUUGCAUACGUUCACAGCUACAGCCCAUUUAGAAAUUAGCAUAUUCUUGCGAUUGUUUUCAUUAUGUUUCUGUAUCUUAAAGUUCGACUCCAGUGCUUUUAGCUUCUUAGCUGCUGCUCUCCUGUCGUCUUAGCUAAUAAAUAUCCUCCACAUACGCACUGUGUGAGUGUUUAGUCAUUUGUGUGGAAGAGCAACAUACACCUGUAAGCUCGGUUUUCCUAAUGUACUUUAGCCGAGAUUAGCCAGAAUCAUAAAACCGCGCUGCAAUUAGCUUCCAAUAACAAAGACCACCGGCCCACUGAAAACACUUGCUAUCUGUCAGAGGCAUUGUUAUUGUCUCAGAGCAGUGGAUAACAUUAAGCUCAUUGUUCAUCUGACCGAAUUGUGGCUUAAAAGUGUGCAUUGUGCUCUCACACAGCUGCGUAUUCAUUACAAUUUCACUUCAGAACAAACGCUAAAUGGCUUCUAGCUAUGAACUGCAGUAACAUCAAGCAGUAAGGUGCGGUUUUAUUGGAAUUUCUGCUUUUCAGAAGAACUUCAAAAAAAGAGGCAAAUCACUUUUUUGAUCGAGAAAUCACCUUUGGGUUUGUUGACAAGAUGGCACCAAUUAUAUUCUGAUUCAGGUGGCCAUAAACUGACAAACUGAAAAGAUCGGGUAUCAUGCUAUGUCAUGCAUUCUGACUUCUUUACACUGUUAAACGUGCUGGCUUCUCAUGCUUAACAUGGUCAACUUAUUAAAAAUCGAGUUGGACGUAUGAUUUCUGUACUUGAUACACUCGCCCAGCACUCCAACUUGUUUCAGAAAGUUUUUUCUAACACAGGGAUCCUAUUCCUUUUAUUUGCCAAAAGCAGGGCGAAGGCAAAAGAGCCCGCCCACAAGCCAACCGACGAGCGAGACCCGCUUACCAUCAAGGUUAUCUGCGCUGCGUCAAGAUGGGCUGCGCUGCAGCUUGUUACUCUUGCGAUAGUGAAGUUAAGGCGUGUCUGUUUGUUCACGGCAUUUCAGUGAUGGAUAUUAUAUAAACGGUGGAUAUAACACUGGAUUUGGAGAUCGUUUGAAACUGAUAGAUGGCGCGGUCCCAGUGCUAAAAGAUGCGGACAUGAACUGCACACGGUAAGUCAAACUAAGUCAUACGUAGGGUUGGGAAUCGAAAAUCAAUUCCAAUUUGGAAUCGGAAUCGAAAGGAAUAGGAAUCGGAUACUUGAGAUUAAAAUUUGAAUUCCUCGUAUCAGUUCCUGUGUGCAUAUUUUCAGAAAAGUACAUGCGUUGCAUGAUCUGCUGAUAUCUCAAUAAAAGCCCUUAUGAACAUUAUCGAUAUUUUUUACUAUAGUAAGCAUAGUUUAGCUAUAGAAUUUGUAUUAAAGCACAGGAAUCACAAAUUAACCAUAGUUGCAUUAUAGUAACUG